AUGAGUCUGAUCCAAGCCGGCUUGUGCGGCACUUGCCCGCGACGCCCGUUGGCUACCUUUCGGCGCUCUUAUGCUAUGUAUGGAUCGAGUCGAACCCGCCUUGUCAUGACGACUCAUGAGCGUCGGAACCGAAACUGCCCCAGCCGGGAGCAUUCAUAUAAUAGGACGCUCGCUACUUCUACACGACAGCAACACGCAAUGGCUGCCCUCGACACGAAGACUUACCGCGCCCCUUCCUCUUUCGCCGAGGGUGAGCCCGUAACGAAGAAGCAAAAUAUGGGGCCCACCGGAACCACUCAGGAUGUCACGCUUCCCCACAUGCCCGAACUCUUCCGGUCUGACUUCCUCGACGUCUUGCUUCCUAUGGCGAAUGCCUCUUCCGAGGCGUCUACAUCGACAUCUACGCUCGACAACCCAACAUUCACAAAUCCUCUCAUGGCGGCGCUUAAGGCAUCCACAAACCAGACCGAGACGUGGAAUGGCGCGGAAGCCUUCAAGUCUACGCUCAGCGCUACGCUGGACGCAUUUCAGGCGUUGGGGCCUGGGUCGGUCGGAGCAGUGAUCGAAGAGAACCUGGCGUCUGCAUGGAGGGAGGCUCCCCGACUCGCACUACGCAUCAUUUGGAACGUACGCAGCAUACACGACGGCAAGGGCGAGAAGGAGGUCUUCUAUCGGGCUUUCGGGUGGCUCUACAAGAAUCAUCCCCGUACGGCGAUCCAGAACCUACCCCUUCUCGUCACGCCUGCCUGCUCACGCGGCAAGUCGGAGGAUGCCAGCAUGCCGCACGGCUACUGGAAGGACCUCUCGAAUAUCCUUGCACUGGCUGCGCGCGACGAGUUGACGCCCCAUCAAAAGCCGUUCUGGUUCCUCCACUCUCCUCGCCAUGAUUGGCGUGAGCAGAAGCGCGCGCGCGAGCGUGGCUGGGUCUCCUUUCCGAGGGAAAAGGAGAAGAAGGCCGAAGCCCUAGGAGUUCGACAGAAGGGAUUGGUUGGCAAGCUCGAGUCGAACCAUGCGUUCCGCGCUCUCUACAUCAUGGUCGCCCGUCUCUUCGCCGGGCAGCUCGUUAAGGACUUGUCCGUACUUGACCGUAUGGCUGAUCAUAAGCCAGGCAGCGACGAGUACCGGGGCCUCUCCCUCCAGCUGUCACUCGCCGCUAAGUGGGCCCCAUCACCUGGACGCUCGCACGACCGCAACACGAAUCUCGCCUCCGCCAUCGUCCUUCUGCUCCAUACAGCCGGCGUGUCGACCUGUAUCGGCAAGCCUAUAUCAGUCGAUGGACCGGUCACCGCGGAGGACAUGCACAUUCUGCGUUCGUUCUACCAGCGCUGGAUCCUCACGCCGCUGCGUCAGACUCUGGCUCUUCCUGAGCCGCUCAUGUCCGCGCGCCGCUGGGGGGAGGUGGCAUACAACCGUGUCGCGUCGCGGAGCAUGUCGGCCAACUCUAAGCAUUUCUUCGCGCACGACCCGGAUCGCUUCACCGCCUACUUGACCAAGAUCGAGAGCGGCAAAGCCAAGAUCAGCGGCGCGACACUCAUGCCGCACGAGCUUCUGGCAAAGGCAAUAACGUACAAUAGCAAUCCGACCCAUCCGCAGCCCUUCGUCGAAACCAUGCAACGCGUCGUGGAUGCGCAGUGGGCUAUACUCGUCGAUCGUCUUCGUGAGGCCGGCGCACUCGAUAACACUCUUGCUGUUUGCGACGUCUCUGGUAGCAUGGGUAGCCUCUGGUACACGGAUCGAAAGGGCCCUGUUGAGCCUGUCUUCCCGGCUAUCGCGCUCUCGCUCGUACUGGCGCAGCUUGCUCGACCUCCCUUCCACGGUGGCUUCAUCACCUUCUCGAGCAAGCCGGAGUUUGUCGAGGUCAAUGUCGAGCGGGAUGGAUUGGCCACUACCGCGCAGAACAUGGUCGGAGCAGCAUGGGAGAUGAACACGGACCUCAAUGCCGUCUUUGUCGAUCUGUUGCUUCCCCUCGCCGUCAAGCACAAGGUGCCGCGCGAGGACAUGGUCAAGCGUCUAGUUAUCUUCUCGGACAUGCAGUUCGACCAGGCUAGUGGCGGCGGGACGAAUCACGAGGCGAUCAAGCGCGCUUACGCUGAAGCCGGAUACGAUGUGCCGCAAAUUGUGUACUGGAACCUUGCCGCGCACAGGGCAGGACGUUUGGAGGCGCUUCCGGUGACGGCGGACACGGAGGGUGUGGCGCUGAUGAACGGGUUCUCGGCAGCUAUGCUGAAGGUGUUUAUGGGUGAGGCCGAGGAGACGGAGGAUGGGGAGUGGGGCAUGGUUACGGAGGAUGGAGAGGUGGAGGAGAAGAAGGCUGAUGCGUUCGACCCUGUGAGCGUUAUGCGGAAGGCAUUGCUAAAGAAGAGCUUCGACGGACUGGUUGUUGUUGACUGA